UCUUCAACAACUAUUUUUUUGGGGUUAAAUAACAACAACUUAUUUUAAAUAUACAAUCUUGUUUUCGGAAUAUAUCAUUCAUUCCCGAGAUGAAGAGUUUAUAUUUUCGAAAAAGGAGUUACUAGAAAUAGACAGAAGCUGUUAAAAGAAAUAAUUAAAAACAGAAGAGAAAAAAACAGAGCUGAUAAAUAUCCAACAACUUAACAAACCAAACACUUCCAAAACAGUCAUCGCACAAAAACAGAACCUAUCUUUAUUUUCUUGAGAGAGACAGAGAGAGAUAAAGGAAAAAUCUUUUGUUCUUGUCUGAAAAAAAACCUCACGACAGAUCGGAAAGAGUAAGCUUAUCAAGAAUAAUUGUUCAAUCAGACAAGAUCUUAGUUGGAAUGAGAAGAGAAGUUGUUGAGUCGGUGAGCACCAAUGCUUCUAAUGAAAGGGUUCACGUGGCUCCCAAGAUAGCUGCAGAGGAAGAAGAUUAUGAGGUGAAAGAAUGCACUGAGGAGAAUUCUCUCUCUCUGAAUCAUAAAUCUUCUAAUAAUGAUUUGAAGAAGAAACAUUUGGAUGAACAAGAUGAUUGUUCUGUCGCUUCUUCGGUGAAGAAUGCUACGUCUAAAGUAACUCAUGGAACCGCUCCCCGAUUUAGGAGUGCUCAGCGAGCUGAGAAACGCAAAGAGUAUUAUCAAAAGCUUGAAGAGAAACACCAAGCACUUGAAGCCGAAAGGAUCGAGCUUGAACAAAGGCAAAAGGAAGAACAAGAAGCAGCCAUUAAACAGCUUCGAAAAAACCUUAAGUUUAAGGCUAAUCCCGUUCCCGACUUCUAUUACCAAGGACCUCCCGUGAAACCAGAGCUUAAGAAGUUUCCUUUGACGCGUCCUAAGUCGCCGAAACUCAAUCUGUCCAGGAGAAAGAGCUGUAGCGAUGCGAUUACCUCGUCUGGUGAAGAGAAUUCGAAGUCACAGAACCGCCAAAGCGUGGUAGAAUAGGGUUGAAAGCUGUGAAUGUGAAUGAUUCCUCUCAAGAAGAUUCCAUGGAGGAAGAUGUUUACAUAAACUAAUUUUACUAUUCCGGAGAAAACCAAACUUUAUCUCCUGUAUUUGUUCGGUUUCACAAUCGUUCUCCUCCAACGAUUAUUGAUUGUUUUUUUUUUUUUUUUGUUUUUCACGUCUGUCUCUACUUGAUUUCGGUUUUAAUUUUACGUAACGUUUAAAUCUGAAACUGUAUAUUUUAACUGUGUUGUGGAAUCUUGCAUCUAAAGUUUGCAUGGAUUAUGUCGGUCGUUGAUUUGUACGAACUAAUAAUACGUUUGUUGUGAUUUUA